CAAAAUACAAAAUUAUAAAUAGUUUCACAAAAGAGAAUUAAUUAAUGAGCAUUUGCAAUUAAAACGCGCUGGUCUGUCAUAGAUUAACUCAUAAAACUAUAAAUUUUUGUGAUCAAACAUUUGUCUAUCGAUAUCGAAUCGCGUAUCAUUUAGAGAUGGUAGACUAUAUAUGCAUUUGAAUUGCCGUCCCUGUGAGAAAUUGGCUGUCUGAAAAGGAAGCCGCAAGUAAAACGGUUUUUGUCUUUUUUUUUUUGCACUGUGCGUUGUUCUAGAAAAUUUAAGUGGCGACAACGAAACAAUUCCUAACCCAGAGUCGCCGUCUUUGUGUUUGAGGCAGAAGAUUGACCACUUACCCAGAGGUGGAUCUCGGAUUGGGUGGGCAGGCGUAUGGAACGUCUUUUUAAUUCCAUUUAGUUUUACGGUUAAAGGACGCUUAGUCGUCGACGUGGAAGCCAACAGACCAUGGAGGAGGAGCACCCGAUUGCUGUGGUUGAGGAGACUGAGGUAAAGCCAACGGAGGAGGAACUCUUGAACCUGGAGCAGCAGCCGAAUGUUCUGCCCACAACAUUGGAAAAGCUUAAGUUGGAACGUCGUCUAAUUGCUUUGGUGGGCAAACAGAGCGCCCUCUAUGAUACGAGGCACCCGCGCUUCCAUGACGACUUGCACAAAGAGGAACUGUGGCAGAGCAUAGCCAAUCAACUGUCCCUAGAUCUGACCCAAUGCCUUAGCUCUUGGGCAGAGCUGCGCUAUAAAUAUCAAAAGCACGUGCGCCGUCUUCGCAAUUAUCGACGGAUGAUUGUGCAGCGCGUUGGCGCCGGCAAUCGGCGUCGUCGUCGUCCGGUCAUGCUACAUGAGGAGGAUAUGAUGUUUCUCUAUGAUCAUGUAGCUAAAUUGCCUUUGAAACAAUUGACUACUCCCAAAAUGCCCGUGGAAAGUUUAGGAAAUGAUGAGGACGAUUUGGAAGUGGUGGUGACUAAUCCUGCUAAUGAAAUAAUUGAUGUCGAUUUAAUGGCCGACAAGGAUGUCAAUGAUUUCCAAUGCACUGAAGACCAUCGGCGUCUCGUUGAGGCAGUUCAAUCCUAUCCCCAGCUCUACGAUAUCUACCGCCCGGGCUAUGAUAACUAUCGUCAUCGUGGCCUCAUCUGGGGCUCCAUAUCGAAUGAGUUGCGCGACAAGGCCACCAAGCUAAUGAAACGUUGGCUCUAUCUGCAGACCCGCUACGAAUGGGAACUGGGUCGCACCGAAAACGGAGUACAGAACUCGGAGCUGUGGAAUCUGCUCUCCUUCCUAGCUCCCUACGUCCAUCAAAUGCCGAAUACGGUGUGCAAAUCAUCGCUCUAUUUGCAGAAAGGCUGGUUCGAUCCCAUCGAACAUUUUCGCACAGUCACAACGCUAAUCAAUACGCUGAAAGGGAUGCCCGAGUUGUUGCAACUUGUGGAUCUCAAUAUCCCUGUGACCCAGAAAUUACCGCGCUAUCAUGACCUCUGGCUAAAGGUCGCCAGCGUGGUUAAUUGCAGUUAUCAAAGAUGUGAGAUAACUUGGCUAACACUGCGCUGCUUCCAUCAGGAGCUAUCCGAGAUGCGUAAAUGCGGCUAUUUACUGCAGGAUAAAUGGUAUUUCGAAAAUGUCAUCGGCACCAUGUACAAGCAGAUGCAAAUGCAGCAACAGUUGACAACGCAUCGGUCGAGCCAAUCCUUGCCAGCGAAUUCAAAACCGAAAUCUAAUGUUGGAACAGGAACAUCAACAACACCAUUGGCAACCUUCAGUAUGCUGACAAGUCCAAUGAACAAUCCAAUGCCCACGACAAAUCCACCGCGACUACCAUUAGCCAUAGUGUAUCCACCGUCAGCGUCCAAGGAGUCCACCAGUUCCAGCACCAUUACUACCACCGACACCGCAACCAGCACCGCCGCAGACGCCGCUGUUCAGCUUACUGCCAAUCCCAGCAUUAGCAUAUCAAAAAUUGGGGCAUCUAUUAAUUUGGUGCCGAUCAGUGUUAAUUCCAAUACGAAUCCCAUUGCAUCAUCAUCAUCAACGACAUCAGCAACGUCAUCAUCAUCAUCAUCACAGGGAUUCGUCAAUACAAUAUCCUUAUCAGCUUCAUCUUUGUCCAAUACACUGACUCCAAAUGGAUUUACCGCGCUGCCCAUUCCCACCACAUCCAAUGCCAUUCAAAAUGUGAUGCGAAACGGUGUUCAGGUGGUGGUGCGUCCACGUGCCUGUCCAACGACUGUGGCGCCACCAGUAUUGGCACCCAUUGCUGCUGCAAAUGCUCCAGUGGCCAUCAUACGUGGAGUACCAAUACCCAACACACCAGCAGCCGGCCCAUCGACACUGUCCGCCACUACAACCAGCACUGUGAUGUCCCCAACAGCGACAAUACAUAAUGUGGCCACUUUGUUGAGUUCUCCACUGCCAAAGAUGCCCAAACUGGUACCAAUUACUGCCGCUCGCACUGAUACUAAAAUAAACUCAGCCACCUCCCAAAUGCUCCAAUCGUUAACACCAACAGCUAAAACUAGCGAUGGAGGAGCAUUUCCCAUAUCUUCGGCGGGUGGUACUCAAUUGGUGAGAGUCCAUCAAAGCGCCUUAAAUAGCGGCUGGGAUGGGCUUGGCCCAGCCAACAUUGCCCUUGCCACUCUGCCCGUUAUAGCAGCCCCUAUUGAGUCUCCAUUCAGUGAUAUUAAAGUGGAACUUGUAGAGAGUGUCGAGGCUGGCAAUUCAUUGCACGUCUGGAGUAAUAGCCAGGUCUUUCAUUAUCAUUUGAAUAUGUCGCGAACUGGAUCAUUUAUACGGGAAAUUAUGGCCAUACCGCAGCUCCAUAGCAAGAAUCCACAAUUGAUAUGCAAAUGUGCCGAAUUUUGGCAGCAGAUUUCCAAGAAAUUUCAUAUGCCAGAGGUGGCAUGUAAGGCCUGUUGGAGUUUUCUGCUGGAAAAUAUGUCAGUCUUUCCCCAAAUAGCCCCCAUGCCGGACCUAAUGCGUCCCAUUAAGACCAGUAUCAAAGUGUGGGAGAAAUCGCAUCGUCUAUUUAGUAAAUUCGAUGAAAUUGCUCGCAAAUAUCAAUGGAUGAGUUACAAGGAUAAGUUGCCGGCAUUAAUGCAACAUUUCUCCCGUUACGAUCAUCUAUACUGGGAGUUGCGCAAGCCACGUCCAGGCGAGCCGAUUCCAACUCCACAGAAAUACACGGAGCAGGAACGUCUCGAGGUAUGGCGUUCGGCGCGUGAAAAAUUUCCCAACAUGAAUCAUCGUGAUAUUUGGUCCAUGUUUAAAUUCGCCUUUCGCACCUAUAUGGAAGAUCUGGAACGGGGCGUUGAGAAUCCUUGGCCACAAAACUGGUGGCAGGCAUUGGAACAAUUGAAAUUUCUUGUCGAUGUCCGUUACCAUCCGCUGGAGCCCUACUACUAUAUUGUUCAUCAGAAGUUUCUGGAGGAGGUGAAACGUUGCAGUAUAUACGAGUCCUUGAUGAGCGGCUCUACGGACAAGAGCAGUGCCGUUUCCUCAGUUCAAAUGAACAAAAUGAGUCGUUUCUGCAUGCCCUGGGAUACGGAGGAGGCGAAACGGUUGCUAACCGGUCGGCUGACUACCACAUCAUUGUCCUCUAUAAAUGACAAUGAUGUGCCGCCCCUAUCGCUGCCCGUUAUACAUGCCCCCGUGGUGCCCGCUGAUGGAAUACUCGAUCCAAGACGCGAACGUCAACCGGCUGCCGAAGAUUUGGUGAGGCAUAUGGAGCGCACAUCACGACCACUGCCCACCAUAAGUCCUUAUCAGCUAACUCGGGUAUUGCGUGAUCAUCCGCAUACCUUUGAAAAGGCCACUACGCUAGAGAAGCGUACGGCUUGGGUGAGAGUUGCCAAGGAUCUAGAUACCACAGUCACCGAAUGCCGUCUGAGUCUGCAGCAUGCUCUACGCGAGCUGCGAAUUCUAAAGGUUCGCGAUCCUUGUUGUCGCUCUCCUCUGAAUCACAAAUAUUAUCGCCAUAUGGGCGAAAUCUAUCGCCAAGUGCGACCACAUAGCUCACUAACAAUGCGCCACGCUUUGGAGGUCAAUAAGUCGCCAUUGGAGCCCAAGGAAACUGUUUAUCCAGAACGAUAUAUACCUGAGAUCAAUAUGAUCACCUGUUCCCCAAGGCUUGUCCUUAAGAAUCUGGCCUUUGCCAUGGGCAAUUUCAGUAUGGUGGUCCAGGAAGAGCUCAAAAUCAAACUGAAGCAAAUCUUUGCCAGAUACGCCGAAGAAGCCAAUCUCUCCUGGCCCUUGGAUGGGACACCGAAGCGUAAAACUAAUGGAGCCAACAACAAUUCUGUGAAGCGAUUCAAACCGGACACGAAUACGUAAUGCGUGAAUCUACAAUAGAUCUAGGAACCAUGAAAACGCACAUUAAUUCUAAAUAUCUGUGUAAUUUUGUGCAUUUUUUUUUUUUGUUUAUUUUUUGUUUUUCUUUUCCCCCCCCCCCCAUGCCAAUGUUUUGUUAGAUAAAGGAAUCAUUUGUCUGGCCUGAUAGUGACAUCAAAAAUCGAAUUAAAUAUGUAUUAUACUCAAUCAGGUAAAGAACUGACCGAUGUCAAUAUAGGAUAUAUAUAUAUAUAAUAAUGUUCCAAAUCUGCAACUUUUUAUUUUUUGAUUAGUUUCGAAAUAAAGAAUUGCGCGAUCCAUCACAAAUAUA